ACGCACAUCGGGGAAUUUCCUCCCCCAUUUCUUUUCUUUUUUUAUUUCCCCCCCUCCUCCACAAUGGAUACCUGCAGGGCACGCUCCUGGGUGUUUCUGCUCCUGCUGUGGCACGGGGCACGCGCGGCAUCGCCUUUUCCCACCCAGCUCAUGGUUAAAGAAUGGGUUGAUCAGAUGCAGAAAGAGCUUGUCACCCUGGCAGACACAGCCACAGCUGGGAAGCAUCUCUCUCAGAUGUUUCUGAGGAACCAGCACCUCUACACCGUGGAGCAAAACGAUGCAGAUAAGCUGGUGGCCAGAGCAGCCAGGAACAUUGAACAGCUGCUGCGAAAAAGGUCUGCUGCCUUGGAGAAACUGGCCACAGCUGCUGAAGUAUUUCAGAUGGAACACGUGUGGAAAGACGAGUUUGAGGAUGAUGAAAUUGCUUAUUACAAUGCAAAGGACAAUCUGGAUGCGAAUGAGACGGAGGGAAGAAAAUACAGGAUUCGUCCCGACUUUAAAGAGGACCCAUCAUUUAAACGCCUGACAGAUCACAACCACACCGCUGUCCACAUUCCCACUGACAUCUAUGAUGGCUCUACCAUUGUGCUGAAUGAACUCAACUGGACAGAGGCGCUUGAGGAUGUUUUCAAAAAGAACAGAGAAGAUGACCCAACACUUCUUUGGCAAGUGUUUGGCAGUGCUACAGGCUUGGCUCGCUAUUACCCAGCUUCUCCUUGGAUGGAUGCUAGAAAGACUCCCAGUAAAAUUGAUCUAUAUGAUGUCCGCAGAAGACCGUGGUACAUUCAAGGGGCUGCCUCACCAAAAGACAUGUUAAUCCUUGUGGAUGCAAGUGGGAGUGUGUCUGGUUUAACCCUCAAGCUGAUUCGGACGUCUGUCAGUGAGAUGCUGGAGACUCUGUCUGAUGAUGACUAUGUCAACGUUGUUUUCUUUAACACCAGGGUGAAGAACACGGCGUGUUUCGACCAUCUGGUUCAGGCCAACGUGAGGAACAAAAAGCUGCUGAAAGAUGCUGUUCAGAACAUCACAGCCAAGGGGAUCACCAACUACACGAAAGGAUUUGAGUUCGCGUUUGAGCAGCUCAACGCGACAAAUAUAAGCAGAGCCAACUGCAACAAGAUCAUCAUGCUCUUUACUGAUGGGGGAGAGGAAAGAGCUCGCUCUGUACUCGAGAAAUACAACGCUGACAAAAAGGUCAGAAUCUUUACCUUUUCAGUAGGACAACAUAACUAUGAUAAAGGACCCAUUCAGUGGAUGGCAUGCUCAAAUAAAGGUUACUUCUAUGAGAUUCCCUCAAUUGGCGCCAUCAGAAUAAACACACAGGAAUACCUAGAUGUCUUGGGGAGACCCAUGGUUCUAGCAGACAAGAAGGCCAAACAAGUUCAAUGGACUAAUGUGUACCUUGAUGCUCUGGAACUGGGCCUGGUCAUCACUGGAACACUGCCAGUGUUCAACAGAACUAAAACCACUGAUGAAAGAAAUGGCAAGCAUCAAAAUCAGUUGAUUCUUGGCGUGAUGGGGAUUGAUGUGUCUCUUGAUGACAUCAAAAAGCUCACACCACGUUUCACAAUCGGUCCAAAUGGCUACUACUUUGCCAUUGAUCCCAAUGGCUAUGUCCUGCUGCAUCCUAAUCUUCAGCCAAAGAAUCCUAAAUUUCAGGAGCCCGUUACCCUGGAUUUCCUUGAUGCUGAGCUGGAGAAUGACAUAAAAGUGGGGAUUAGGAAAAAUAUGAUUGAUGGGGAGACGGGAGAACAAACCAUCGACACUUUAGUGAAAACUCAGGAUGAGAGAUACAUAGACAGAGGAGUCAGGACCUACACAUGGGCACCAGUCAAUGGAACAGAUUACAGCCUGGCUCUAGUUUUACCUAAAUACAGUGAACAUUUCAUUCAAGCUCAGCUGGGAGAUGAUUUAAAACAAGCCACAUCUUCUUCUUGGGGGCAAAAAGCCAUGGAAACCUUACAACCAGAGAGUUUUGAGGAGUUCGGUUACACCUACAUUGCACCAAGGGAGUACUGCAAAGAGCUGAAGCUGUCACUCAACAACACCCAGCUUCUCCUCGACUUCAACCAGUAUAUUGAUAGAAACACUCCAGAUGCAUGCAAUGAGUCCCUUGUGAGCCGACUGAUCCUAGAUGCAGGUCUGACAGCUGAACUGGUUAAACUUUGGAAAGAGCAGACAGUGGAUGGGAUGGUAGCCAGGUUUGUUGCUACAGAUGGAGGAAUCACAAGAGUCUUUCCAAGAAGCCAGCUCCUCCAUCUUGAAAUCCGUUAUUCCACGGACAAAUAA